GCCAAGCGCCAGUGACGUCACGGGGACGAGCGGUGGGCGACUGAUCCAGUGAAGAAAAGAAAUGGCGAUGCUCGGAGGCUUCAGCGCAGCUCAGCACAAGAAGAACGUGUCGGACGGCGGCGGCGACGUGUCAGAGUUCGUGUGUCCGGUCUGCCUGGAGAUCUUCGACAGUCCCGUCAAAACACAAUGCGGACAUACGUUUUGCCAGAGUUGUCUGCAGGAGUGUUUGCGACCACAGAAGCCUGUUUGUGCUGUAUGUAGGGCCACGCUGGGCCAAUGGACUAAGGCUGCUGACCUAGAGGCCCUCAUCCAAUCGUCUGUGGCAGCUUGCAAGGGAUGCGGAGCUCAGAUUGGCCUUUCUCAGAUGAGAAGCCACACAGCUGGCUGUUCAAAAUACCAGGAUUACAUUGAGGAGGGGGUGAGGACCACUGCCCAGAGCCAGCCUGCCAUCAUCAGUCCAGUGCCAAAUCGCUACACCUUCACAUGCCCAUACUGCAACUGCCAGAACCUGGAUCAGGACGGCCUGGUCGAACACUGCACUUCCCAGCAUUCUCGAGAUACACGCCAAGUAGUUUGCCCCAUCUGUGCCUCAAUGCCCUGGGGGGACCCGAACUACAGGAGUGCUGAUUUUUUCCAGCACCUGAAAAUCAGACACACCUUCUCCUAUGAUACCUUUGUUGACUACUCUACAGAUGAGCACACAAUGAUCCAGGAGGCUCUACAGCGCUCCCUCUUGGACAACUAGAGCGUGAGGACCAACCCGUCAGAGCAGGGAUCCAGUGACGUGAAGGGUAGAUUGUGAAGUCUUGAGAAGACCAAGCAACACACUUAAAUCAUCAUUCGUCGAUCAUAAGGUUGUUGGUACUGUAUUACUAUGGGUAAUCAGUUUCACAGGGAAUUGGUAUUGUAACUAAAUCUAUUAGGUUUAUUAUACAGAUAAUAAACCAAGCAAUAUGGUUAAAGAAUCAUAUUGUACUGUUUGAUUUAGGAUACAGUGUUUCUGGUGUGAUAAUCUUUUAUCUUCCCCCAUGAGUUGAGUCUGUAGAUUUGAUAGUUUGUUGAAUAUCUAUUAAACUAUGUUUAUUGAAGCUGUUCAUCGAUGACAUGUUGGUGUCAUAUAGCCAAAAACUUCCAAAGUUGUGAUUAAAAUCAAUACUUGAUGUUAUGAAAGGGUUUGACCACUACGUGGCUAACUAUUGCCAGCAAACAACGAGCUUCACUCAGUGAAGUCAUCGGUCAAGUGAUGUUAACGGUAAUAUAUAAUAAAAUACUCAAGAGUGACGAUGCAUGUUAACUCUCAAAAGAGAAGAGGGUUUUUUUUAUUUUUGGUUUAUUAGCAGAUGGAAGCUCUGUGUUUUUUUUAUGUUGUGUCUGGGUGACGUGUGUGUGAGAGAGUAUGUGUUCUCUCUGUUUUCAGAGAUCUACUGGAAAGAAUAAAUAAUACAAGGGUCGAACAAAGCCUGACAUGGCUGUUUGCUUUAUUGUAAUGUUUCUCCCACAUGUCUUUGUGCCUGCUGGUAGAUCUUGUUUCUGACUUCCAAAACGCAUAGGGCUAACACUUCAUCCCCUGAACCAACCGAUACAAGGUGAACCCUCAGUGUCCCGUACGGUCAGCGCCUGUGAUUCUCUCUGUUUUAUUUGGUGAGAGUUCCUCUGCACGCGAGUGGCCAUAGGAGGGCAGUAGAGUCCCUUCUCUGGCAGGUCGGCGGAUGACAGCGCUGACUCUCACCAGCCUCCCGGCUCGAUUUGCAAGACGUAACUCAACACAGAUUUCAUUCUAAAAACAAUGUGCUCGGCUCAAAUGAGUUGUUCUACUUUUUUUUUUUUAAAUGCAUUAUUCAAAACUGUCACUGGUCUUUUGAAACUGAGGAUUUGGUGGAGUUACAUGUUCUAGUUUUAGCAGAAUAACCAUUACUUCACCUUUUUUAAACAGUCGAUGACGUGAUAUGACUUUUACUGUACCUACUGUUGUGUGUUUUUAUUUUCAUUUCGAGUGUCUCGGAAUCCUUCUUUAAAAAGAAAGAAAACAAUCAUAUUUCUUAACAUCACUGCCAACGGUUGUGAAGAAAAAAAAAGAAUUGACAGUUUAUUAUUUGUGUCCUUCCAAAUACUGUCGGCAUGUGAUGUAAUGAGAAAUUUGUCUGACUUUGCUUUUUAUUUGAGCUAGAUGUGUGUAUUUUAAUUUUUAAAAUAAGAAAAAUGUGUCUCUUGUUUUACAUCAGUGUUGUUUUCCAAUAACUUGUAAUUGAUCAUAUACAGUAGCACAAGUCUUCACACACGGAUGCAUGGCAUUUGUCUUCGACCAACAGGUAAAUAAAAACUGCAUUCACCCAGA